AAUUACCAAUUCCGCUCCAGUGGAAGAAAAUAAGGUUUCCCAAUGGAUCCUCUAGCAUCAUCAAUCAGCCAGUUUGCCCUGGAGUUUAGCAAAGAGCUAGCCGCAUCUGCUGCGGGCAAAAAUAUUUUCUUUUCACCCUGGAGCAUCUCAAGUGCCUUGGCCAUGGUGUAUUUGGGGGCCAGAGGCACCACUGCAGUCGAAAUGGCCAAGGUGCUUCAAUUGAACAGGGACCAGGCUGACAAAACAGGUCCUGAAAGUGAAAAAAAAAGAAAAAUGGAAUUCAACUUGGGCAAGGCUGAAGAAAUACACUGUGAUUUCCAAACACUCAUUUCAGAAAUCCUCAAGCCCACCGAUGCUCAUGUACUUAAAACAGCCAAUGGGAUAUACGGUGAAAAAACAUACCCGUUUCACAACAAAUACUUAGAAGAGGUGAAAACAUAUUUUGGUGCAGAGCCACAGUCUGUUAACUUUGUGGAAGCUUCUGAUCAAAUCAGAAAGGAGAUCAACUCUUGGGUAGAAAGCCAGACCCAGGGUAAAAUCCUGAAUCUCCUGCCUGAUGACUCUGUGGAUUCUACAACCCGGAUGAUUCUGGUGAAUGCCCUUUACUUCAAAGGAACCUGGGAGCAUCAAUUCUUAGCGCAAAACACCACAGAAAAGCCUUUUAGAAUAAAUGAGACUACAAGCAAACCAGUGCAAAUGAUGUCUAUGAAAGAAAAACUUCAUGUUUUCCACAUAGAAAAGCCACAAGCCACAGGUCUUCAACUCUACUACGAGAGGCGUGAUGUCAGCCUGUUCAUACUGCUGCCAGAAGACCUCGGGGGACUGGAACAGCUAGAAAAGGCCAUCACCUAUGAGAAGCUGAAUGAGUGGACCAGUGCAGACAUGAUGGAGUUGUAUGACGUGCAGCUGUCUCUGCCCAAGUUCAAGCUGGAAGAGAGUUAUGACCUCAAGUCCACCCUGAGCAGUAUGGGGAUGAGCGAUGCCUUCAACCCGAGCAAAGCUGAUUUCUCAGGAAUGUCUUUAGAGAGAAACCUAUAUCUGUCCAAUGUUUUCCACAAGGCUUUUGUGGAAAUAAAUGAAGAAGGUACUGAGGCUGCAGCUGGCACAGGGAGUGAGGUGGGUUUUCGAAUUAAAUACCCCUCCAUUGAAUUCAACGUAGAUCACCCAUUCCUCUUCUUCAUCAGGCACAACAAAACCAAUAGCAUCCUCUUUUAUGGAAGAUUCUGCUCCCCGUAA